GAAGCCCGGCACGUUUGACACUGUGAAUGUUCUCCCCACAAAGCUGCAGCAGCAAUGCUUUCCUCUGCAGAGAAACUUGGAAAGCUCGACGACGAUCGCCCAUCUGCCAAGAAGGGCACUUUGCAUUACUGGAAAGAGAUCGACCCGGAAGGGGGUAUUGGACAAAGUCUAGGGUGGGUCACAAUGGCAUUUGCAGCUCUGCGGCGUGCGCUUGGUCCUGGCAAUAAUGGGUUGCUUGGGGGAGCUGGCCUACGUUUCAUGAGUACACCAAGGGUACAGGACCGGAUCAUCAAUGUGAUUGCGGUCGAUGAAGACGGGAUUCGCCACCGAAUCAAAGGCCUGAUCGGACACAAUUUGAUGGAGGCUCUGAAACUUUCCGGCUUUGAGUCUGAAGCCCGACAUCCCUCUUCAGACAGACUGGAUGCAUGCUCUGGGAACUGCGAAGUUACGAUUGCAAACGAGUGGUUGGACAAGGUUCCUGAAAGGACCGAGGACGAACUGGAGGUGUUGCGGGACGUUACGAAGCGGGUGACGAAAAACCACCGGCUUGGUUGUCAAAUACAACUUACGAAGGACCUCGACGGUAUGGUUGUCUCCAAAGUUGAAGAAAAACCGUUCGAGAUUCCUUGAGUACAUAUACAUGUAAGGAUAACAAUAGAAGCUUCAGCGUCGGUCACUUCGUCAGCAAUGUAAACUGCCCAUUGCUCAGUUAUGACCUCAGUUAUGAAGUGCAUCCAGAUUUCCACACUAAUUAUUGCGCCACAAAGAUAUCCAGCAAUGACCCUCAUGUCCGAUGUUCCAUUUCCAAGAAACUCAGACCGUCAACACAGG